AUGGCGGACGCCACCCCAGAGCACAUCAGCGCGACACUCAGCGGGUUCGCCAAGGUCGGGUACAUCCCAGCCACGCCCCUGCUGGCGGCCGCCGCCGAGGCCGCGUCGGCCGCGCUCACGCGCACGGGUCCCCAGGGUCUGGGGGCGCGCGACAUGGCGGAGCUGAUGUGGUGCUUCGCCAAGAGCGAGUACCGGCCGCCAGAGGCGCUGCUGCAGCGCGUGCUGCAGAGGUUUGCCCAGUCCCUGGGCGUCAUGCCCGGCCAGCGCAUCAGCCAGGUCCUCUGGGCCUUUGCCCAGUUUGGCUGCGCCCCGCCUGCGUCGGUGCUCACCUCCAUCAUGCAGUCCGCCACUGCAGCCCUGGCCACCUACCCGCCAGACUCCAUGGCCCAGCUGCUGUCGGCCCUGCGGUCGUUCGGCUGCGCGCUGGCGGGCGGCCCGCUGCUGCGCGCGGCGGCGGAGCGCGCGCUGGCGGGGGUGGGGGGCUUCAGCAGCCGCGCGCUGGCGGAUUUGCUGGAGGUCUUCGCCGCCUGCAGGUACCACCCCGGCAUCGACCUGCUUCACGCCGCCGCUCAGCAGAUCAGCGCCCAGAUCUCAUCAGCCGACGCCGCCGGCGCGCAGCCCCCCCUGCCCGCGCGCGCGGCCGCGACGGUCGUGCGCUCCUACGCCGGCCUGGCCUUUGCGCCGCCCGCGGCGCUGCUGGCGCAGCUGCAGGCGCUGCUGCUGCCGCAGCUGGGGGACCUGGAUCCUGCUGACGUGGCGUCCGUGCUGUGGGGCUACCAGCUGUUCCGCUCGCUGCCGCCGGCGCUGUGGAACGCGGCGUGCGAGGCGCUGGCGGCGGCGCCGGGCAACGGCGUGCCGGCCGCGGCGCUGGUGAUGCUGUUUCAGGUGCACCUCAUGGUGUGCAAGGAGCCGACCUGCGCGGCGUAUGAGACGCCCCCCGCGCUCAUCGUCGCCGCCCGCGGCCACUGGUGCUCCCACCAGGGCAGCACCGCCAUGCUGCCGCCGGGCGAGGCGCAGCGGGACGUUCAGCGGUGCCUCGCUGGUCUGGGCGUGCCGCACGCGGCGGGCGUCAUGGCGGACGACGGCCUCUUUGCGCUGCGAUUGGCGCUGCCCGAGAGGCGCAUCGCCCUGGAGGUGCUGGGGCCAGAGGCGUUCUGCGUCAACACUGUGGCGCCGCAGCAGCAGCCGCAGCCGCUUGGGGAGACGGUCAUGCGGAUACAGAUGCUGGCGGCCCACGGCUGGAACCCCGUGACCAUACCGCACUACGAGUGGUCCGCCCUCCCCAACGAGCUCGCGCGCCAGCAGCACCUGCGGGCCGUGCUGGGCCUGGGCGCCUGA